CCGGGCGGGCGGGCGGGCACUGCAGCUUCUUCCUCUGUGGAGCGGAGAGCGAGCGAGAGAGCUCGAGCGAGCCAGAGAGCGGCGAAGGCGGGCAGAGGGGCGCGGGCAAGCGGCGCAGCCACCCCAGCCCCGCGCCGCGCCGCCACCAUGCUCAACAACCUGACGGACUGCGAGGACGGCGAUGGGGGCGCCAACCCUGGUGAUGGCAACCCUAAGGAAAGCAGUCCCUUCAUCAACAGCACGGACACAGAGAAGGGAAAGGAGUACGAUGGCAAGAACAUGGCCCUGUUCGAGGAGGAGAUGGACACCAGCCCCAUGGUGUCCUCCCUGCUCAGUGGCCUGGCCAACUACACCAACCUGCCCCAGGGAAGUAGGGAGCACGAAGAGGCGGAAAACAAUGAGGGUGGAAAAAAGAAGCCGGUGCAGGCCCCACGCAUGGGCACCUUUAUGGGUGUGUACCUCCCGUGCCUGCAGAACAUCUUUGGCGUCAUCCUCUUCCUGCGGCUCACCUGGGUGGUGGGCAUCGCAGGCAUCAUGGAGUCCUUCUGCAUGGUCUUCAUCUGCUGCUCCUGUACGAUGCUCACGGCCAUUUCGAUGAGUGCGAUUGCAACCAAUGGUGUUGUCCCUGCUGGUGGCUCCUACUACAUGAUUUCCAGGUCUCUGGGCCCAGAGUUUGGGGGCGCCGUGGGCCUCUGCUUCUACCUGGGUACCACCUUUGCUGGGGCCAUGUACAUCCUGGGUACCAUCGAAAUCCUGCUGGCUUAUCUCUUCCCAGCUAUGGCCAUCUUCAAGGCAGAGGAUGCCAGUGGGGAGGCAGCCGCCAUGUUGAACAACAUGCGUGUGUAUGGCACCUGUGUGCUCACCUGUAUGGCCACUGUGGUAUUUGUGGGUGUCAAGUAUGUCAACAAGUUUGCCCUGGUCUUCCUGGGUUGUGUCAUCCUCUCCAUCCUGGCCAUCUAUGCUGGGGUCAUCAAGUCUGCCUUUGACCCACCCAACUUCCCGAUCUGCCUCCUGGGGAACCGCACACUCUCUCGUCAUGGCUUUGAUGUCUGUGCCAAGCUGGCUUGGGAAGGAAAUGAGACAGUGACCACGCGGCUCUGGGGCCUUUUCUGCUCCUCCCGCUUCCUCAAUGCCACCUGUGAUGAGUACUUCACCCGAAACAAUGUCACGGAGAUCCAGGGGAUCCCUGGUGCUGCCAGUGGCCUCAUCAAAGAGAACCUGUGGAGCUCCUACUUGACCAAGGGGGUGAUUGUGGAGAGACGCGGGAUGCCCUCGGUGGGCCUGCCUGAUGGCACCCCCAUCGACAUGGACCACCCCUAUGUCUUCAGCGAUAUGACCUCCUACUUUACCCUGCUGGUUGGCAUCUACUUUCCCUCAGUCACAGGGAUCAUGGCCGGCUCUAACCGCUCUGGCGACCUGAGGGAUGCUCAGAAGUCCAUUCCCACGGGCACCAUCCUGGCUAUUGCCACCACCUCUGCUGUCUAUAUCAGCUCAGUUGUUCUGUUUGGGGCCUGCAUUGAGGGGGUCGUCUUACGGGACAAGUUUGGCGAAGCUGUGAAUGGCAACCUGGUGGUGGGCACGCUCGCCUGGCCAUCACCCUGGGUCAUUGUCAUCGGAUCCUUCUUCUCCACCUGUGGGGCUGGGCUGCAGAGCCUCACGGGGGCCCCGCGUCUGCUGCAGGCCAUCUCCCGGGAUGGCAUAGUGCCCUUCCUGCAGGUCUUUGGCCACGGCAAAGCCAAUGGAGAACCAACCUGGGCCCUGCUGUUGACAGCUGGCAUCUGUGAGAUCGGCAUUCUCAUCGCCUCCCUCGACGAGGUUGCCCCCAUCCUGUCCAUGUUCUUCCUGAUGUGCUACAUGUUUGUGAACCUGGCCUGUGCCGUGCAGACGCUGCUGAGGACGCCCAACUGGAGGCCACGCUUUCGCUAUUACCAUUGGACCCUCUCCUUCCUGGGCAUGAGCCUGUGCCUGGCCCUCAUGUUCAUCUGCUCCUGGUAUUACGCGCUGGUGGCCAUGCUUAUUGCCGGACUCAUCUACAAGUACAUCGAGUACCGUGGGGCAGAGAAGGAGUGGGGCGAUGGGAUCCGAGGCCUGUCUCUCAGCGCCGCCCGCUAUGCGCUCUUGCGCCUAGAGGAAGGGCCGCCGCAUACCAAGAACUGGAGACCCCAGCUGCUGGUGCUAGUGCGCGUGGACCAGGACCAGAAUGUGGUGCACCCACAGCUGCUCUCACUGACCUCCCAGCUCAAGGCAGGGAAGGGCCUGACCAUUGUGGGCUCUGUCCUCGAGGGUACCUUUCUGGAUAACCACCCCCAGGCCCAGCGGGCAGAAGAGUCUAUUCGGCGCCUGAUGGAGGCAGAGAAGGUGAAGGGCUUCUGUCAGGUGGUGAUCUCCUCCAACCUGCGAGACGGCGUGUCCCACCUGAUCCAGUCCGGAGGCCUCGGCGGGCUGCAGCACAACACCGUGCUUGUUGGCUGGCCCCGUAACUGGCGGCAGAAGGAGGAUCACCAGACCUGGAGGAACUUCAUCGAACUGGUCCGGGAAACUACAGCUGGACACCUGGCCCUGCUGGUCACCAAGAACGUUGCCAUGUUUCCCGGGAAUCCUGAGCGCUUCUCCGAGGGCAGCAUUGACGUCUGGUGGAUCGUGCACGACGGAGGCAUGCUCAUGCUGCUGCCCUUCCUGCUGCGGCACCACAAGGUCUGGCGCAAGUGCAAGAUGCGAAUCUUCACUGUGGCUCAGAUGGACGACAACAGCAUUCAGAUGAAGAAGGACCUGACUACAUUUCUGUAUCACUUGCGGAUCACCGCGGAGGUGGAGGUGGUGGAGAUGCACGAGAGUGACAUCUCAGCUUACACUUACGAGAAGACACUGGUGAUGGAGCAGCGCUCCCAGAUCCUCAAACAGAUGCAUUUGACCAAGAACGAGCGCGAGCGGGAGAUCCAGAGUAUCACAGAUGAGUCUCGAGGCUCGAUCAGGAGAAAGAACCCAGCCAACACUCGGCUCCGCCUCAACGUCCCAGAAGAGACAGCUGGUGAUGGCGAGGAGAAACCAGAGGAGGAGGUGCAGCUGAUCCAUGACCAGAGUGCUCCCAGCUGCCCCAGCAGCUCACCAUCCCCAGGGGAAGAACCUGGGGAGGGCGAGACAGACCCCGAGAAGGUGCAUCUGACCUGGACCAAGGACAAGUCGGCAGCAGAAAAGAAUAAGGGGCCCAGUCCCGUCUCCUCAGAGGGCAUCAAGGACUUCUUCAGCAUGAAGCCGGAGUGGGAGAACUUGAACCAGUCCAACGUGCGGCGCAUGCACACGGCCGUGCGGCUGAACGAGGUCAUCGUGAAUAAAUCCCGGGACGCCAAACUUGUUUUGCUCAACAUGCCCGGGCCUCCCCGCAACCGCAAUGGUGACGAAAACUACAUGGAGUUCCUGGAGGUCCUCACGGAGCACCUGGACAGGGUGAUGCUGGUCCGCGGCGGCGGCCGCGAAGUCAUCACCAUCUACUCCUGAGGGCCAGGACCUGCCCACCCGGGCCCGAGCGCGCCCGGCCCGCGGCCCCGGAGACCCCGCCGCGCCCCCCGCCGCUGUCACCGUUUACAUACAGACCCUGUGCCCGAACCCUGGCCCCUUCCCCCGCUGCCUGAAGCUGGAGGCCACGCCCGUCGGGGGUGACUCGCAGAGGCCGCCAGGAGUGCGGAGCCCAAGCGCCGGGCGCCCGCCGUCCCGCGGGUCCAUGGCUGCGGUGGCGCUGCCUGCCGUUUUUCUAAAUCCGGCCUUGUCCCGCCGGAGGAGACGCUGCAAUAAACGCCGGGAGCAGGCGUGAAGAGGAGGGGAGCCGGGCCCGAGGACCCCCAGGUAGCCCACGAGGCCCUUCCCCCGUCCCUCCUCGGCCCUCGCCCUGCGUCCCUCUGCGCUGCUGCCCGUCCCGGCCACGGCCGGGAGGGCGCGGGGCGAAGAUCGCGCCCGCGGCCCCGCAGCCCUUCUCGCCGAGCCGCGGGGUGCGGCUGAGCCUAUACAUAGUGUACAGGAGACAUCGCGUGUAUUUUUAACGUCCCAUACUUACGUGACUAGAAGCGCAACGGACUUCUCGCCACAGCCGAGCUCUCCCGCUGGGGGGCCCGGAGAGCGGAGCCCUCGAGAAGCUGGGUUUUCCUGAAGUCCAAGAGUCCGAGAGCCAAAGUGCUUCAGGCCCAGGCGGGGGCGCGGUCCCGGCCCCUCGACACCCCCUCCCCGCUCGUCUCGGCGCUCUUCCCGCGCACCCUUGGCCUCCCUCCCUUCCCUCCAGUUCGUAUCAGAGACAGGUGAGACAAGUGUCCAGCUUUUCCUGGCUUUGCCUCUCAGCGGAUAUGAGUUUCCACUGCGGCUGCAGAGACGCGCACAACCUCUGCUCGUCGGCUCUUAUGCAAGUUGGGGCCAGGAUAGGGGAGGGGCGCUCCUUAAGGGGAGAAACCCAGAGAGGUCCGCGCCCCACCGAGGAAGCCCCGCCCCGGUGCCUUCGCUGGGGAGCAGGCAGCUCUCCUCAGUUGGUUUGUCGCCUAUCCCAUGCCCCCUAUCCCAUGGCUCCUCGCCAAAGACUGAAUCUUGGAGCUGGAGGGCCCCCCUCCCCAGCGUUCCCUCCCUGGGACAGGUGAGGAAGAAGGGGCAAUUCUGGUUCAGGGGCCAGACCCACCGGGAGGCCCUAGCACCGCCCCUGAAGUUCCCUCCCCUGGUCACUCCGCAACUUGCGGCCUUGGCUUCGGAGACCAGCUGCCUACCCGGAGCUCUGAGGCCAGGUCCCGCUGCUAGGCAGCGGCCUCUAGCUUGUCUCCCAGGCAUCGUGGCCCGGGGGAGGGCUGGAGUUACAAGCACUUUGUUCUCAGCGCCUCUCUGCCCUCCUCUAGCUAGAACCCAAGGCCUCCAGCUUUCCCCAACUCCAGUCUUCGGCGCUUCCGCUCCACUAGCCUGGUCGGAGGUGCCCCCUGCCCCUUAGAAAAGGCGUUUGGCAGGGUCCCUUCCCCCAGGGCACGUUUCUAACGCGGGGCAGGGGCACGACGCAGGCACUGCAUGCUCAUUUCCAGCGUCCUCUGGGAUUGGGUACAGUACCUCCAGCCCCAGGGCCCUGACCUUGCACCUAGUUAGACCUCCUGCCCACAUCACAGAACUGGGCCACUGGGUACACCUGACCUCAUCAACUCCUUUCCUUUGAGCUCAAGGCAGAGAUGCAGCUGGUGCCAUCUACGCGGGUCAGGGGUGGCCAGGGGCAGGUCUGGAGAUCUGCAGGUUAGGCCAAGGACUCUGAGGUUUGAUCAGGGGACGGGCCUGAUUUUUUUCAGGUAAUAGCAAAGUAGAAGACACCAGCCCCCUGCACCCUUCCAAAGACCUCAGAGAACCAUGGGUCUUCCCUGCUGGGGACUUAGCUGUUCUGGGCUGGAGUGGUGCACUGGCAGAAGGGGAAAGGGGCUGCACCAACACCAAUUAGGGAACCAAAGCUGCACUAUCUGGGCCCAGACUGUCUGGUUGGCAAGAGCAAAGUUUCCGUUGAUGAUACAAACAUCCCACAACAAAAACCCAAGUUUUCUGUGCUACAUGUGCAAUAUUUGUUAUGAAUGUCAUGUCAUUCAUCAAAUUAUCUUUAUAAUCACUGUAGCUGUUUCACGUCCAUUCAAGUGACUUUUAUUCUGAGUGCAAUAUUUCAAUAGCCUUGUAGUGAUAACUAGUGUUGCUUUUGUUUUAGAUGAUCUCUGUGCAGGGCAAUGCAAUGAAGUUGAAAACUCUUGUAAAUAGGAAAGGUUGCAAACCAAAUCAAGAGUAUUUAUUACUAUUAUUACUAUUAUUAGGCCUGCCUUUAAUUUUCAGUGUUUCAGUAUUCCGCAUCCUGCCUCAGUAUUGAUCUUGUGUUCUUUGUGCCAAUAUGAAAAGGAGAGGGUUGGUUCUUUCCUUUAUUGUUGAAUGCUCCCAUUUAAUGCUUUAAGGCUUUUACUGUAUUUUUUAGACUCCCGUCUGCACAAAAUGCAAUAAAAAUAAUUUUAUUAUACCCUUCAAA